AUGAACGGAAAACAUCUACUUCUGCAAGUGCUUCUGGUUCAAUUAGUUGCCGCAGUUUUGGAUACCCAAGUCGGCUAUAUUGAUUGGCUAGUCACCUCUACUGGCUCUUUCCUAGAUUUGUCGUCUUGCUUGUUUAACUAUGAGCAGAUAUAUUGUCUAACAGAAGCCAAUGAUCUAAUAGGAUUGGACUCUGAUGCCCAAAUAACGUACAGACUCCACUUAGAUGGUCCAGAUCAGGGAAAAUUGACUAAGUUGAAUAAUAAAAAGUUUGGAUCUGUAAGAGGCAACUAUUUAGACAUUUUCAAUGAGAAGGGCCAUCUUUUGCACACAGAAAAGUUCCCCUCUCCUAUUGUUGAUGUUUAUCUGGAUAAUUCAUUGUUGGCAGUUGACUUAGAGGGCGUUGUACGUGAAAUUGAUCUUUCUACCCACUCUUCCAAGGAGGUGGCCACGUUGCAAAGUUUAGCUUGUGCUAUGUUUUCAAAAGUAGAUGACAAGGUGACCAUUGCAUUCAAGGGCUCCAAUUCAGAUUUUGUGAAAAUUGCCAUCCUGGAAGAUAAAGUAUCCACCAUAAGUACAAAUAUAUCCUCAGUUGUACACAUUAAGAAUAACUUGUUGGAAACUGACGAAGGCAUUUACAGCAUCGAAGGAUCCACCGUCAAGAAAAUUCUAGAUGGAACUGCCUACUUAACCGAUAUUGGGGCAAUAAGUGUCGAUACUGUUAAAAACUCCGUGAGAUCUAGUGGCAACUCUUUUGAGCCCCAAUCCAAAAUUUUAAAAGUCCACGCUGAAGAUGAGUUCAUCGUCGUGCUGACAGUGGAUGAGGUUUUAGAGAUAGAUCUUGAGACUUUUGACUUGUCCAGCGUCAAAGAAAACUCACUAACUGAAGAGUAUUUGAAUUCUGUUGACUACGAAAUCUUUUUCAAAAACCAAGAAGUUCAGUUGAUAAUUCAAGAUAGAUCAGCUAGAGAACUGAUUAUCACCAAUGGAGUUAUUCAAAAAGUCCUUGAUCUAUCACUAAACGACGUAGUUGAUUAUUCUAUUGUGACACUUCAACCACAAUUAAAAGCUAUCGAAGAUGAAAUAAUAGAAGAAGAAAACUCUACGUUUUUCAAAGCUUACACUUCCCGCCUUUUCAAUACAUUGGCUGCCCUCAAGGAGAAUAUCAAGAAAAGAGAAUUUACUUCAUUAUUCCAAUAUGACACCUCAGGACAAGAUCAGUCUUUUGGGCUGGACAAAAGAUUGGUCAUUGGUUGUAGUCAUGGAAAGCUAUCUGCCUAUCAUCUACUUACAAAGACACCCCAAUUAAGCUGGGAAAUUCAACUCCCAUUGAUAGAUGAAGUUUCCAGUUUUAAUGAAGGUGAAGUUUCCGUACUUAGCGGAACUACAGUUUUCACAAUUGAUGCUGAAACCGGUGACAUCUUGAGCGAAACUGUAGCAACAGCAGAAGACCCACAGAAAGAAUUUGAUAUCAAGUCAGACGAUCGUACCAUCUCUGGAUUGAAACUGAUCAAUAACGAGUAUAGCUCCACUUGGACAUUUAAAGCGUCGCCAGAGGAGAAGAUAUUGAAAGUAGUAAGGCGAGAGGAUGAUAACAGUAAUGUGGCAUCUGCCGGUCAUAUUCUUGGAAACAAUUCAGUUUUGUUUAAGUAUCUUUUCCAAAACUUGAUUUCAGCUGUACUUCUCAAUGAACACACAAAUGACAUCAGAUUUGUGAUACUCAAUGCCAUCACUGGACAGCAGGUCUACUCUGAUGUUCAUAGCGGAAUAGAUUCAAACACAAAUGUGAAUUUAAUCUAUGAUGAAAACUUUAUUGUCGUCUCUUAUUUUGGUUCCGAUCCAAUUCCUGAACAACAUAUUGUCGUUUAUGACUUAUACGAAUCUUUGACCCCAAACAAAAGAGUUGAACCAAAAGAUGGACUUGUUUCCAACUUUGACACGGAUACCCCUAUCCCCCAAAUCUCGUCUCAAUCGUUUUUGUUUCCUAGUAGAAUCAACUUCAUUGCAGCUUCUCGAUCCAAAUUUGGAAUCGCUUCAAAGUGGAUCAUCUCAGUACUGGAGAAUGGACAAAUUUUUGCAAUCCCUAAAGUUGUUUUGAAUAGCAGAAGAGUUGUUGGAAGAGAUCUUACUAGCACUGAAAAGCAAGAGUAUGGAAUGUCCGUUUAUUCUCCAUUUAUUUCGUUACCUGAGAACAUUUUCACCAUUUCCAACAUUAGAAAUUUGGUGUUAGAUAACAACAGCAACACUCUCCCCAGUGGAAAGCCAAUACUGACCGUUGAACCUACAGGAUUGGCCUCAACAUCCUUUGUCUGCCUCAUAAACUCUUUCAACGUGUAUUGCACUCAAAUUUCACCAUCCAAGAAAUUUGACAUGCUGAGAGAGAAUUUCGACCAAUAUAAAUUGCUUUUAAGCAUUUUUGGUCUGCUUGCUAUAGUACUUUUGGUCAGGCCGUACGUCUAUUCCAGAAAUGUACAGAAGCUGUGGACUACGAAAAUUUAG